AUGGGAUCUCUCGACGUCGACGUCGACUACACCCGCUACCAGGACAUCCCUGAGACGCAAGCCGACCUGGACUGGGCCGACCUGAUCACCAUCGACCUCUCGCGCUUCGACGCGCCGGGCGGGAAACAGGCACUCGCGUCCCAACUCAAGCACGCCAUCUCGACGGUCGGCUUCUUCUACGUGACCAACUUCGGCCUCUCGGAGGAGGAGGUGAAUGCGCAGUUCGCCCUCGCCAAGGCCAUCUUCGACCAGCCCGAGGAGGAGAAACAGAAAUGCCGCGUGGGCAAGGACGGCCUGGGGUUCUUUGGGUGGAAGCCCCGGGGGAGCCGGAAACAGCAGCACGGCUUGGUCGACAACCUCGAGCUGUACGACGAUCCGAAGUGGUGCGACGCGUAUAGACACCUGCCGCGCCCGGCGCCUCUCGUGCGAGAAGCGGCGCGCGCGGAAAAGUUCCAGAGACACAUGGCCACGUACGUCCUCCGGCGGCUGCUGAUCUUGUGCGCGAUCAUCAUGGAACUCGACGACGAGGAGGCCCUGUGGAAGCUGCACAACUACGACAACAAGUCGCAGUGUCACCUGCGGUACAUGCUCUACCACCCGCGGACGGAGGCGGAGCUGGCGACCAUGGAGAGACACAGCGUCGAGCACAACGUCUACGGACACACGGACUUUGGGUCGCUGACGCUGCUGAUGCGCCAGCCCGUCGCGGCGCUGCAGGUCCGGCCCUACGGCGAGACCGAGUGGAGAUGGGUCAAGCCGCUCCGGGGCAGCAUCACCGUCAACGUCGCCGACACGCUCUCCUUCCUCACGGGCGGCUACCUCGAGAGCUCGAUCCACCGCGUCGUCCUGCCCCCGGAGGACCAGCGACAUGUCCCGCGCUACGGCGUCAUUUACUUUGCAAACCCGGACGACGACACCCUCUUGGAGCCGGUCAAGAGUCCGCUUCUGGAGCGAGAGAGGGACAAGAUCCAGGGCAACAACAACAGGGCAAUGCCUCCACAAGGCGUGAGUGCGGUCGAUUGGGUCAAGAUCCGCUUCGCGAGCAUUGAUGCCAAUUACGCCAACAACAAGGAUAACAAGGUCGUGGUGAAGAAUGUCGAGGUGCCGAGCUACGCGUGA